UUCGUGAGUUGGGAGGAAGCGUCUGGACUCAAUAGCUCCCCCGUUUUUCAUUUCUGCUGACUUUCCCGGCAGGCUGAGGCAGCCAGCCGUGCAGGGCAUAGCAGGCCGGCCCUGGCCUUACAUUUCCAGCCCCGUGGUGGCCUUUCCCACUCCCCGCUUGUCGAGGCCCCAAAGGUGUUGAGAAGAUGGCCUCUCCAGGUGCGCCAGGGACCCGCAUGACAUCCACAGUCAGUAUCAACAUUUCUACCCCUUCUUUCUACAACCCACAGAAGAAGUUUGCACCCGUGGUUGCCCCUAAACCCAAGGUGAACCCUUUCAAGGCUGGGGGUGCAUCGGACUCAUCACUGCCCCCACCUCCCGGAGCUGGCACCCAGUAUGCUCAGAUAGGAAAAGUGGGGGAGAUUCCAUCAGCAUCCACAUCACUGCUGGCAGAAGAGCUGCCACUGCCGCCACCUCCUCCACCUGGCGAUGAGGCAGGUUUCUCCUCAAACUGUGCUUUUCCCCCACCCCCACCACCCUUUGAAAUGCCAUUUCCACCAGCCCCAGAAGAAGCUUUUCCUUCUCCUCCUCCUCCUCCGCCACCGAUGUUUGAUGAAGAGCCUAUGAGCAAGGUACCUGCCCCACAGGUACGUGGCAAGAUGAGCAGCAUUGAUCUUGAGAUUGACUCACUAUCUGUAAUGUUGGAUGAAAUGGAGAAGAAUGACCCCUUCAAAUCCCGGAUACCUCCAGGAUCCACAGGUUCUCUGGAGAAACCAGUGACCCUAAAAGCCCCUGUGGAAAUACCAUCUGCACCCAGAGAUACUCCCCAUUCCUUUCCUUCCAAAUUCACUCCAAAGCCAAGUGGAAGUUUAUCUUUCAAGCCCCCUGGUGUGGAUUUGACCCCUGCCCCAACCCCGUGGGCAGCCCCACAGCAACGCAAGGAGCCAGUAGCACCAGUCCCUGCACCACCCUCUCUCCCUCCUGCUCAGCCUACCCCUAAGUCCACUCCACCCCCUGUUGCUGUCUCUCCGAAGCCUGGGACCACAGUGGGUGCAAAUGUUCCCACAGCUCCCUCAAAUUCUACAAGAUAUCCUACCUCCCUUCAGACUCAGUUCACAACCCCUUCACCUUCAGGUCCUUCCUCUCUGCAACAGCCUUCCAAUUUCACCUAUGCCCAGCAGAAGGAAAGACCCCAAGUGCAGGAGAAGCCCUGUCCCACAGAACAACGUGCUGCUGCAAAAGACAUGCGUAGACCCACAGGCUCCGGUGCAGAUCCACCUAGGGGAAAUUCCUGUCUGACCAUGAAGGAGGUAAAAGAGCUGGAAAUGUUGACACAGAAAUUAAUGAAAGAUAUGGAGCAUCCACCCCCAGCGGAGGCUACUACUUCUGAGCUCUGUGGCUUCUGCCGGAAGCCUCUAUCACGAACGCAGCCAGCUGUGAGGGCCCUUGACUGCCUCUUCCACGUGGAAUGCUUCACCUGCUUCAAAUGUGAGAAGCAGCUGCAGGGGCAGCAGUUCUACAACGUGGAUGAGAAGCCCUUCUGUGAGGACUGCUAUACUGGGACCUUGGAAAAGUGCAGUGUCUGCAAACAGACCAUCACAGACCGGAUGCUGAAGGCCACUGGUAACUCGUACCAUCCCCAGUGCUUUACCUGUGUGAUGUGCCAUACUCCUCUUGAGGGGACCUCUUUUAUUGUGGACCAGGCCAACCAGCCUCACUGUGUGGAUGACUACCACAGGAAAUAUGCUCCACGCUGCUCAGUCUGUAGUGAGCCUAUCAUGCCAGAGCCUGGGAAGGAUGAGACAGUGCGUGUGGUGGCAUUGGAGAAAAAUUUCCACAUGAAAUGUUACAAGUGUGAGGACUGUGGGAAGCCCUUGUCCAUUGAAGCAGAUGAGAAUGGAUGCUUUCCGCUGGAUGGACACGUGCUGUGCAUCAAGUGUCACACCGUUCGUGCCAAAACAGCGCGCUGAGGAGCUCGGUGUGGGCGUGCCCUUGAGACCCCUGCACUCAAUACUCUUCCCCUCCCUGCCGUUGUCCCGUCCGUCUGCCUGAUGAGGCAGAUUUGCUACCAAUGGAGACUAUGCCAGCGCAGUUCUUUACUCAUGUAGGAUUCACUGCUCCUAGACUUCGGUCUGCACCCUCACCAAGAAAGGACCUCUGCUCCUGUCCUCCACUUCCUGGCCAGGGGCUAUGAUCAAGGUGAGUGCAUAGUCUGCUCCCUCAAGACCUAGGGAGAAAGGCUGGACCUCUGCAGGAAUGACCCGGUGGCACGUGUGAGGAAGAGCUGAGCAUUCCGUUCCACGGAGCCAACAACAGUGAUUUGGCCUUAGGAAAGUGGAAGUCUCUGUCUUCAGCACCGCUUCUGUCUUUGGUUUUAUUUUUAUUCUUGUGCCAACUCAUUACCAAGAUGUCUUCCCUUGUCUCCUCACUCACUCCUGGAUUCGAGUGUGGAGGCAGAACAUUAACUGUUAUCCUUGCUGGAAAAAGCUAGCCUACUAUAGCUUUUCUGUCUCUAAUGGAUUUUACUGCCUGUCUUAUCACCUUUUUUUUCCCCCUUAGCCAGGUUAAACUGGCAAUGUUUGGAAUCCUAUUCUGUCCCUGACUUUGGAAGCUUUUUCUAAGAAAAUAAAUCUUUUUUUUUUUUCCUUCCCAAAACGAGUCAUUUCCCAGUGUGGUUUCUGGACAGCCAGGCUGGGCACCAGGGUAGCAAAGCAGUCCAAAGAAUGCACAUUUAGAAAUAAAGACCAUCAGAAGGAUGGGCAGCACACAGCGAGGAGAUGCCUUGCUGCGUGGGUGAGGAUUCAGCAGGCUCAGGAGUGUCUCAGUAGGGAUUCUUUCACUGCCAUCGGCAAAAGCUGCAGUGUCGUUGCGAUGUGCUGUCUGGCUUUAAGCAUUAGUGCACUGAGCCCCACUUCCUGGACUUAGAAGCUCUCAAACUGAACAAAUCCUUCAAGUAACCAGACUGUCCAGCCACUGUUUGCAUUCAAUAAAAUGUUGGGUUUUUUCCAUUAA